AAUACAAUAAAUAUCGAUAUAUUGAUAUUUUGUUAUCAAACCCUACUUCCAAAAUAAAGACGCCUUGUUAAUUUAACUUUCUUCUUGUGGGUUUUGUGCUUGUGAUUAAACGUUGUAAUUAGAUAAUAUCUGAACACACAUCUCUGAGAUGGCCAACAGCACAAUUGCGCGCGAAUUGGAGCUGAGCGAAAAGAAAAUCUGCCGCUUCUGCCUCUCGGAGCAGAAGUUGACCUCAAUUUUCGGGCAACAUGCACGCAUUAAAACGACGGCUAAUUUGCCGCUGCAGAUAAUGGCCAUAACGGCGAUCGAGGUGGGCGAGCUGGAUGGAAUGCCUGCCUACAUAUGCCUGGAAUGCCGCCUCCUGUUCGAGCACUGCUACCGCUUCAAGCAGAUGUGCAAGCGGGCGGAAACGUUGCUCCGCCAGUUCCCUUUGACCGGAACAUGGCCCGCUCCCCUGGAGAAACCGAGAGCUCCAAUGGUCUCCGGCCAAUCCAACCAAUCGCCGAUGAUAACAAUCCAGACAAAAGAUCUGCCACCACCGGUUUCCCCCAUUUCGAGACCGAAAAAACUACUCAACACCAUGGCCAAGUCCAACAAAGUGGUCAUCGAAAAUGUCGAGAUCUUGGAGACGUCUUUGCUCAAUCUGAGUCCCAAUUCCACGGCAACGAUCGCAACUAGCACCACACGAUCGCAGCCCUAUCAGUUAAAGGUGGAGAAUAACCAGGAGCUCUCCAUGGAUGAUGUGCAAAAUAUGCUGGAGGAUAUGGCCAAUGAGCUAGAUGAAAUUUCUUCGCCGAAAAAAGAUGACUUGCCACAACUAUCGCCCAAAAAACCGAAGGUUUUGAACAAAUCUUCGAUCAGAAUAUUAAAUAAGGGACCCGCUGCUCCGAUCGAGCCUCGCAUAGCCACGCCGCAAAUAAAGACGGAUGAGAGCGGAAAUGUGGCCAUUGUUACUGAGAUCCUGGAUCCCAACAGCCUUACGGUGCAGGAGGAUCUGAAGAAGAAUGCACAGCAAGUUCCAACCAAUGUGUUUCCUUGUCCGGACUGUGAGCGCUCCUUCCCGCUGCAGCAGUUGCUCGAUAUCCAUCGGUUGAACCAUACGCGAAAGCGUAGCUUCCAGUGCCCAGACUGCGACAAGAGCUUUUAUUCCAAAUACGAUAUGGCCAAGCACACCUUCAUCCACACCGGCGAGCGGCCGUUCAAGUGCACUGUUUGCGACAAGGGCUUCACCCGGAAGGCAUUACUCCACCGUCACGAGCGCACCCACACGGACAUUCCAAAAUUCAUCUGCGUUUACUGCGAACGUCCUUUCAUUUCUCGCCAGGAGAUGGAGAAGCACGCCCAACGGCAUACCAAGAAACGCCCAUUCCCAUGUGGUGUCUGCGGCAAGUCGUUUGCUUUCAAGCAGGGAUUGGAGCGUCACGAGGUCAUUCACCAAUCGAACCUGCCAUUCCCGUGCCAGCACUGCCCCAGGUCCUUCCCAACGGCUUGCAAAUUAGCGCGUCACUUGGUGGCUCACGCUGGCAAGAGGGUUUAUCCCUGCAAGUAUUGUCCCAAAUCGUAUUUGUUGUCCCACCAUCUGUCCCGACACUUGCGAACCCACAAGCAGGCCACUGCCGAUUCGUCAUUCAUGUGCAGCGAAUGCAGGGAGAUGCAUACCAGCUACGACAGCUUGCUAGAGCACUCGACGCACCACGCGGCUAUGACGCUGAAGUGUCCACUCUGCCGCGAGGAGAUCGGCGACGCCGAUGGAGUUGAACCACAUAUGCAGCUGCACAGGGAUAGCGAGCGAUUCGCUUGCGAAUUCUGUGACCAUAUCUUCUUGAGCCAGGCACAGGCGCAGAAACACAUUGAAGACGAUCAUGUGGUGGACAUGGUUCCAUAUUACAAUGAAGAUGAAGAAGGAGAAGGAGAAGGUGACGGCGAAGGGGAAGGAGAAGCCGAUGUUGGGGAGGAACUGGAGCAAGUGCAAAAGGAAGUGGUACAGGAGCAAUUUGAAAUCAAGGAGGAAUUCUUGGAAGAGUUUUUGGACGAAGAUCUUGACGAUUCCGAUGCGUCCUUUACACCGACACCCUCCAAACGGCGCAAACCGAGUCCAGCUAAGGGCAAACCAGUUGAAGUGCCCCAAGAAGAAAAGCGAAAGACUCGCAGUCAGGACGUGGCUAAGCCUGCUCCAAAGAAGGAAUUGAAGGUUUCUCCCAAACAGGGGCGUUUGGUGGUUAAGCACGGAAAGUGGCAGAAAAAUUAAUACCACAUACACAUCAAUUGUAUUCGUUUUUAGCCUACAUAUGAAAUAUAUUUUUAUGUAACCCAGA